UGAGACAUUGGGUGACUGUCUCCACAUCAAUAACAACGCUGAGACCUUCUAGACCUCAGUAAUCGGUCGGGCCUCAGGCCUCAAUUCAGAAGGAUACACAAGCGCACAAUGCAUCGAUGAAUUGCAGCUGCAAUCCCCACUGAUGUAAGGUCGACUUCGCCGGUUUUCGACCACAUUUUCAAAGAAUGAAGCCGUCCGAGUCACAACAAGGUGUCUUUCGAUCGACGGAGGACAUGGCUCCAUAUUUCCCACAGAAUAUCCCCGAUUCAUGGUCUCUGGGACAUCCACUCCCGCCCGACAAUCCGCAUGCGAUCAGCGCCUCCUUGCCAACAUGGAACGACGUCUACUGCUGGUCGAUGCGGAAAGGACCGGUCGUUCAGGCCGUGCAGACCGGAUAUCCGAGGAUGCGGAUCCAUAAAUACAUUGAGGAGCUAAACUGCGCUGUUCUGUCCCGGCUCCGAGCAUCUGCUGGCUCCAGAUGCCUGACAUUUCCGUCCCUGGCCUGCGCGAACCGAUUCUUGAAAUACCUGGCAUCCGAAACAAAUGCUCAUACUUCUCAAUCUACCGAGUUCGGCCUUGCCGGUGAUCUUCCAGAAACCAUAGACGCCUCCAAAGCGAUAUGGGCACCCUUCGUUGCAGUGAUUUACAGCGGGGAUGAAGACAACCAUGGGUUUCAUUUUUGGCGUCAAGGCGGCGAUGGAAUCACGAGCCGACACGCAUGUUACGCCCUCUCGCUGUUUGAUCACCUGGUUCCGACGAAGAAUACUGAGCCUUCGGCGACUUUGGACUCGGAAGUGGAUCUCCCAGAUAGAAGAGGCUCUGCGUUCGGCGAGAAUGAGAAGCGCGCCCUUCGCUCUUCUAUAGCGACGCUCGCCAGCUCGGAGAAGGGAGGCCGCAUUGCUGCAGAGGAUGUGCUCCUUUAUCCCUGCGGUAUGAACGCCAUCUAUUCUGUUUCCAGAGCACUACGGCGGAUGAGUAAGGAUGAUUGCGACGCGGUUGCAAUCUAUGGCUUUCCAUAUGCUGAAACGGUGCCUGCCAUCAGCAUGUGUGGAUGGCAGACCCUAACCCUGUAUGGCCACGGUACUGCUAAGGAAUUGCAGGAUUUCGAGGCGAGUUUGGCGAAAGGACAUCGCAUAAGCGGUCUUUUCUGCGAGCUCCCGACCAAUCCCCAGCUCGAAUCGCCGAAUCUUUCCAAGCUCCGCGAACUCGCAGACCGGCAUCAGUUCCCCAUAGUUUGCGACGAGACAGUAGGAACAUUCGUGAAUAUCGACGUUCUUCCGUUCGCCGAUGUCGUAAUGACCAGCCUGACCAAAUUGUUCAGCGGAGGAUCCGAUGUAAUGGGUGGAUCGCUUAUCAUCAAUCCUCGGUCCCCAUUCCGAGAAGCUCUUCGCGGCUCCUUGCUUGCUGAAUGGGAGGACAUUAUGUUCCCUGCCACUGCGAUAACCUUGCUUCGCAAUUCCGAAGAUUUCGUUAGCAGGGUCCGAAGGUGUACCGAGUCCGCCCAGGCCAUUGCAGAUUAUCUCAACCGCCACGAGGCCAUUGAUCGCGUAUAUCACCCGUCACUGAAUGCGACACGGCCGUUCUACGAUGAGUGUCGUCGAGCAGACGGUGGCUACAGCAAUCUGCUCAGCAUUGUCUUCCGAAAGCACAGCUCCGCGAUCAAGUUCUAUGACCAUCUGCACGUUCCCAAAGGUCCCAGCUUCGGUGCGAAUUUCACCCUCGCACUUCCAUAUGCUCAAUUAGCACACCCGUUCGAGCUCAAAUGGGCGGCGAGUUAUGGUGUUCCGCCACAUCUAAUUCGAAUAAGUAUUGGCCUCGAAGGUAAACAGCAGUUGCUAAAAGCGAUUAGAAGUGCUCUAGAGAUUUGUUCGUCACCUCCAAUCUGACCUGAUCUGUAUCACGCGUGGACCUGGAUACCCCGCAUUAUAUGCGU